ACGUUACUCUUAUACCAAGAGAGAGAAACGACCCUCUCAAAAUUUUCCAGGAAACUUAAGCUCCCGAGAAAAUAAUAUUAAAAGAAAAAGAAAAUAAGAGGGAGAGAGCAUGGCGACGCCGUUAACGGGGCCGCAGCACUUGGACGGAGGAGGAGGAGUGGCGGUGCUGUCGAAUCCCGUGAAGAAGGUCGAUUCUUCCGCCAAUGGUGGUGGCGGCUUCAAUCGCUCCCUAUUGGAAUCGCCUAUUCGGAUUUUCUCUUUCUUCCACAAGUCGAUUCGGAACGAGCUCGAUGCACUGCACCGAUUGGCCAUGGCUUUCGCCACCGGAAACCGCUCCGACAUUCGACCCCUCUCCGAACGCUACCAUUUCCUCAGAUCGAUGUACAGGCACCACUGCAAUGCCGAAGAUGAGGUGGUUUUUCCAGCUCUAGAUAUACGAGUGAAGAAUGUAGCACAGACAUAUUCUCUAGAACACGAGGGUGAAAGCAAUCUUUUUGAUCAUCUAUUUGAGCUGUUAAACUCUUCCAUCCAUACUGAUGAAAAUUUCCCAAAGGAGUUAGCAUCCUGCACUGGAGCUUUGCAGACAUCUGUCAGUCAACACAUGGCUAAGGAAGAGGAGCAGGUAUUUCCGCUGCUUAUUGAGAAGUUCUCUCUUGAGGAACAGGCAUCUUUAGUUUGGCAGUUUCUUUGCAGUAUUCCUGUGAAUAUGAUGGUAGAAUUUCUUCCAUGGCUUUCAACAUCUAUUUCACCUGAUGAAUCUCAGGAUUUACGGAAGUGCUUAAGCAAGAUAGUGCCGGAGGAAAAACUUCUUCAGAAGGUUAUUUUCACCUGGAUGGAAGGGAGAAGUAGUGCUAACACAGUUGAAAAUUGUGUAGAUCAUUCUCAGGUUCGAUGUAGUUCUAAGCCACUAACCCAUCAGAUUGGGAAAGUAAAUUGUGCUUGUGAGUCAUCUGCAACUGGGAAAAGGAAAUAUUCUGGAUCUAUCCUAGAUGUUUCUGAUAACACAGGAAGACAUCCUAUAGAUGAAAUAUUGCUUUGGCAUAAUGCAAUAAAAAAAGAGUUAAAUGAGAUAGCAGCGGAGACCAGAAAGAUACAGCUCUCAGGAGAUUUUACUAAUCUGUCAGCUUUUAAUGAAAGGUUGCAAUUCAUUGCUGAAGUUUGCAUAUUUCACAGUAUUGCUGAGGACAAGGUUAUUUUUCCAGCAGUAGAUGGAGAGUUUUCUUUCUUUCAGGAGCAUGCUGAAGAAGAAAGCCAAUUUAAUGAAUUCAGGUCUUUGAUUGAAAGUAUUCAAAGUGAAGAAGCAACAUCUAAUUCGGAAGCUGAAUUUUAUUCCAAGUUGUGCUCACAUGCUGAUCAUAUAAUGGAAACCAUACAGAGGCAUUUCCAUAAUGAAGAAGUUCAGGUUCUUCCACUUGCACGGAAGCACUUUAGCUUCAAAAGGCAACGUGAACUUCUGUAUCAAAGCUUGUGCAUGAUGCCGUUGAAAUUGAUUGAGCGUGUCCUGCCCUGGUUGGUUGGAUCAUUAACUGAAGAUGAAGCAAAGAUGUUUGUGAAAAAUAUGCAGUUGGCAGCUCCAGCAACAGACUCUGCUUUAGUCACGCUCUUCUGUGGUUGGACUUGCAAGGCUCGUAAUGUUGGACUGUGUUUGUCUUCAAGAGCAUCAGGUUGCUGUCCUGCUCAGAGACUUACUGAUAACGAAGAAAAUAUUGUUCGGCCUUCUUGUGCUUCUGCAUUAUCUGGUAGAGAUUGCUCAGUUUUAGCUGAAUCAGAUGGAACUCAAAGAUCAGUCAAGCGAAACAUAUUGCAGUUGCACAAGAAUGGAGAAGUCCCUAAAACUUCAGAAAAUGAAAGCAUCCUGACACAAUGUUGUAGUGCCUGGUCUUGUUGUGUGCCAGCUUUAGGUGUCAACGGUAACAAUUUGGGGCUGAGCUCACUUUCUACCACCAAGUCCUUACGCUCCUUGUCUUUCACGUCUUCUGCCCCAUCCCUGAAUUCUAGUCUUUUCAUAUGGGAAACAGACAGUAGCUCAUGUGAUGUUGGCUCUGCAGAAAGACCAAUUGAUACCAUAUUUAAAUUCCAUAAAGCUAUACGCAAAGACUUGGAGUAUUUAGACGUUGAAUCUGGAAAACUUUGUGAUGGUGAUGAAACAAUUAUUCGGCAAUUUAGUGGAAGAUUUCGUCUUUUGUGGGGUUUAUAUAGAGCUCAUAGUAAUGCUGAAGAUGAUAUUGUAUUUCCUGCAUUGGAAUCCAAAGAGACGCUUCAUAAUGUGAGCCAUUCUUACACCCUGGACCAUAAGCAGGAAGAAAAAUUAUUUGAAGGUAUUUCUUUAGUUCUUUCUGAGCUUUCUGUCCUUCAUGAAGCCUUGCAGAGGACCCAUAUGUCAGAGGAUUUAAGUGAACAUAAUUUUGGAAUUUCUGAUGUCAAUGGUAGUGAUAAUAUCAGAAAGUAUAAUGAGCUUGCAACCAAGCUUCAAGGGAUGUGCAAAUCUAUAAGAGUAGCCCUGGAUCAGCAUAUUUUCAGGGAAGAGCUAGAGCUUUGGCCAUUGUUUGGGAAACAUUUCACUGUGGAAGAACAAGACAAGAUAGUGGGCCGGAUAAUUGGAACUACAGGUGCUGAAGUUCUCCAAUCAAUGUUACCAUGGGUAACUUCUGCACUUACAGAGGAUGAACAGAACAAAAUGAUGGAUACAUGGAAACAGGCAACUAAGAACACUAUGUUCAAUGAAUGGCUAAAUGAAUGCUUAAAAGAGAGUCCAGCAUCUAUAUCAGAGACAGAAACAUCUGAGCGUAGCACUUGUCAAAGAGGUGCUGACUAUCAAGAAAGCUUGAACCUGAAUGAUCAGAUGUUCAAGCCAGGUUGGAAAGAUAUAUUCCGCAUGAAUCAAAAUGAACUGGAGUCAGAAAUCCGGAAGGUUUAUCGUGACUCAACUCUUGAUCCAAGGAGAAAGGCAUAUCUUAUGCAGAAUCUAAUGACAAGUCGCUGGAUAGCUGCCCAACAGAAGUUACCUAAAACUCUAUCCGGGGAAUCAUCUAAUAAACAAAUAGAAGGAUGCUCACCAUCAUUUCGGGACCCUGAGAAACAAGUAUUUGGUUGUGAGCACUAUAAGAGAAAUUGCAAGCUUCGAGCUGUUUGUUGUGGAAAGUUAUUUACAUGCAGAUUUUGCCAUGACAAUGUGAGCGAUCAUUCAAUGGAUAGAAAAGCAACAUUGGAAAUGAUGUGUAUGCACUGCAUGACUAUACAGCCUGUUGGGCCUAUAUGCAUGUCACCUUCAUGUCACGGACUUUCGAUGGCAAAAUACUAUUGCAACAUAUGCAAAUUUUUUGACGAUGAAAGGAAUGUUUAUCAUUGCCCAUUUUGCAACAUAUGCCGCGUUGGACUAGGGCUUGGGAUUGAUUAUUUUCAUUGUAUGAAAUGCAAUUGUUGCCUGGGGAUAAAAUCAGCGUCUCACAAGUGCCUGGAGAAAGGUUUAGAAAUAAACUGCCCAAUUUGCUGCGAUGACUUGUUCACAUCAAGUGCAACAGUCAGAGCUCUACCUUGCGGGCAUUACAUGCAUUCAUCUUGCUUUCAGGCGUACACUUGUAGUCACUACACCUGUCCAAUCUGCAGCAAGUCAUUGGGAGAUAUGGCGGUUUACUUUGGUAUGCUUGAUGCUUUAUUGGCUGCUGAGGAGCUUCCUGAAGAGUACAGGGACCGGCAUCAGGAUAUACUCUGCCAUGACUGUGAUCGAAAGGGCACCUCAGGCUUCCACUGGCUAUAUCACAAAUGUGAAUUUUGUGGCUCAUACAAUACCCGGGUGAUCAAGAGUGAGGCUACAAAUUCCACCUGCCCUUAGUGUGCUUCUUUUGACAAUGGAAGUACAGAGAGUUUGUAAAUACUUGUUAUAAUCAAUCCAAUUUUCCCCCAACCAGGAAACUGGUUACGUUCCAUUUUAUACACAAUGCUAGUGAGUCACACUUCCAAAGGCCUCUAGUGAGUUGUCUUCUCGUAAGCCGGAGAUAGAAGAACCAAUUAGUUCCAUAGUUGUCAUGUACAGAUUCUUCCUAACUUCUUUUUGUAAUGGAUACUUCAGCUUCUCUUCUUUUCUACUUCUAGUUAAAGUUCAUUUAAGUGUGCACUUGGGGUUGCUUUGCACACACACACACACACACGUUGUUGGUGAAAGUACGUCCUAAUU